CUGCUGCCGCCGCUGCUGCUGUAGUGGUGUGUGUGUGAGUGUUUGCAUGUGUGUCUGCUGCCUCUCACACAGUUUGGCUGUGGUCGGCCUGAGCAGACAGCAGAGCUUGACGUCUGGAGAGAGCAAAACAGACACAGGUAACGUUAGCUUAGUCCGGGCAUGAAAGAUGGAGCUGUCGGCGGUGGGAGAUCGCGUUUUCGCCGCGGAAGCCAUACUGAAACGCCGCGUCCGUAAGGGAAGACUUGAAUACCUGGUAAAAUGGAAAGGAUGGGCAAUGAAGCACAGCACUUGGGAGCCAGAGGAGAAUAUCCUGGAUGACAGGCUGAUACUGGGCUUUGAGCGAAAGGAACGGGAAAGGGAAAUGCAUGGGCCGAAGAAACGGGGACCAAAACCCAAAAACUUUGUCUUGAAGGCUCUUGCUCAGAAAGGAGGGCCCAGCAGCCGGGGCUCAAAUGCCCGUCAAACUACAUCUCGCUCCUCUUCGUCCACUUCCAGACGAGCAACUCCUUCCUCCUCAGCCUCACCUCAUUUAGCAUCUUCGUCCUCCUCCUCCUCCUCCUCUUCCACUGUGGCACCCACUCCCAAACUCAAUUCCCUUGCAGCCACCCACAAGCUGAAGAAAGACAUUCACCGUUGCCACCGGAUGUCCAGGCGCCCCCUGCCCCGCUCAGACCCCAUGGCAGCCUCCUUCUCCAACCCCGGUGGCUUCCCCUCCCGUGUGCACGUCUCCCCCUUCUCUGAGACCGUCCGCAUCCUCAACCGUAGAGUCAAACCCCGGGAGGUCAAGAGAGGUCGCAUCAUCCUCAACUUGAAGGUCAUUGACAAGCCAGGUAGGGGUGGCACAGCUGCAGGCAGCCGGAAUAUCACAACAGGACGCCAAAAUAUCCCCUCCCGCAAUCGCAUCAUCGGGAAGAAGGGAGAGGCACCCUAUAGACCUUUCCAGCCCCCUCUGAAGAUGCUCGGUUUCCCGAUGUAUGGGAAGCCAUUUGGGCUGCAGUGUGGAGGCCCUUUGUCCUUUCACUCCCACCCAGGCUCCAGCACAGGGGCCAGGGACACCCAUUCUACUUCCUCCCAGUACCAGUCACCUCCUUCUCCGUCUAGCUCCAGCAGCUCUGAAGGAAAAUCUAGCACCUCAGCUGCUCAGCCCCAGCCUGCCACAGGAGCCUCACCUUCCAGUGAGGGUCCCAAGUCCAGUAAACCUCACACAGAGACCCAGAAGGGCCAGAGUGCCAAGCUAGCUGCUCCUGCCCCGUCCUCAGAUGCAAACUCCACUGCAUCAGCAUCGCAAUUCCUCCCUGCCUCACCAUCAUCUUCCUUGGAAGACGAGGAGGAGGACAGCGCCCUUGAUCGUUCGGCGACCCCAGAGGGAGGCAGGAAAAGUCCUCGCCAGCGAAGGGCUAAACGCCAGCCGCCCGCCACCCCUGCCUCCGUCACCCCUGGGGACCAGAGCUCUGCCCCUGCCGAACCCCAAAGGGUGCCUGCAGAGGGAGACCCCGACUGGCACCCUGAAAUGGCACCGAGCUGCAAGGAUGUGGUGGUCACCGACGUCACCACCAACCUCGUCACUGUCACCAUAAAAGAGUUCCCCUCCCCUGCCUCCUGCCCUGCCUCACCCUCCGCUAGCCCUGAAAAUGCCUCCUCCCCUCCCCCCUGCACCACCAUUGACGACCCCUCCCCACCCAAGCCAUAGGAGAUCAGAUGUUAUGAAGUCGAUUGCCAUUGAUGAUGGAAGAAAAUAUCAUGCCAGUGUUGCCACUUCAGCCCCCUCCUACCUUUUUCUUAAAGGUGUGUCCAUAUUCGUGUAACAGUUAAUGAAAUGCAAUGUAACUUAACAACGCCCAGCCAUUGAAUAGUAUGAAAAAGAGCAUAUUUUUUUUAAGAGAAGUGUAUAAAUUUGAAAACGGGCAGCUAAUACGCCCUGAAAUUGCCAUAUUUUUGUCCACUUGCACAGCACUGACUCUUUUAAGGCAGACUUGGAUGGAAAUGGUAUUUGUUUUCUUUCCUUUGCUUCAGACAUGCUCAGAUUAGCCUGUUUGAUGUAAUAACAAAUUGUCCAAAAAAAAGUGAAAACACACAACCGUCUGGUGUGUGGGGUGAGCUUUUAUCAAGCACACUUAUAUGAAAGAAACAAAUAGUUUUUUGAUUCAGGCUCUGCUGUGAAGGCUGUUAUUGAAAGCCUUCAGGUGUUACGCCAAUUUCCUGCCCCGUAUAGUUUCAUUGGAAGUCCAGCUUGUUAAUGAUAAAUGAGGUGAUGUGUUUUUGCACUUAACACAGUUGGACUCUCAUAUAUUGCAUCAAUACAGCGAGGUAAAUGCAAUGCACUUGACUGCAUCGAAAAACAACCUAUUUUAUGUAGUUCAUCAAUUUUUCAAAGCCUUUUCCUCUUGCUCUCUUGAACGCACAUGCAUAUAUACAUACAGUAUGAGUAAGUAUUUAUAUGCACGCACAACCUUAAAAGCUGCAAAUGAAUAUACAAAAACAAUAGUUUUUAAGUUAUUGCUGUCCUUGCCGUCUUUCCCUGCUUGCCUUGUUUUCUCAAGAACCCACCAUCUUUAACUCUGUGACGUCCACCAAGACUCUAAACUGGCCGGCAGUUGGUUGUGAAAUUUUCCUCUUUACGCCAGAUUUGCGUCAUGUAACUUCUAAACUUGUCAAGGUCUAGAAGGUCCGUGAGCUGAACACAGUUCAGGCUGAAGCCACCAACCAAAUGCAGCUAAAAAUAGUAGUUUGUUGAGCCUUUGAGCCACUUGGCAGGUGUUUGAAGUCUGUGGAACAUGUAUCAAGGUGGUUUGGCUUUUUAACAUCAGAAGUGACGGGUAAGCUUGUCUCCUUACCUUCCACUUUGGCAGUUAGAGCAAACAGCUUUACACCCUGUUUUGUUCCUUUUGAAUGUUGCUUGUCAGUUUAGCUAACAGUGCUUUAUUAGUAUGUUCUCAAGUUUCAAUAGAAGUGGUUCUUAUGUAGCAUGUUUCAGUCUCCUCCUGCUACCCAUAGGAUCAGAUAAACUGAACCAGGCCGAGACUGUGUCAGGAAUUUGAGGACAAGUGUUCUUUUCCUCCUCCUUCGUCAGCUUAUUCAGCAACUCUCUGUCAGGCGUGGUAAUGGGUUACUGUGCCAGUUGUUUUAGGUUAUACCAAAACAUAAACAGACAUGGUUGAGAUUUUGGCAUCUGUGGAAUUAAGAAGAACUUUUGGAGAAAUACAAACUUUACACCCUUUAAUAGAAUCGUUGUCGAACUUCCUUUAAAGGCGUCAUUUUCUGAACGAUGUGUAAUGAAGAAUAGUUUCUCUAGUUACAAUCAAGUAGUUUUAGAAGCGAAGGUAUGCCAGCUUUCGGUAUCUCUGCCAGUGUUUUUGUAGCUCAGUUGAUGAAUCACAUCAGUUAAGCUAGGGUUAUGCUUGCCAUAGAGUCCCUGGCACAAGGUUUGCACACCAAAAAAUUAUGUUACCAUGACUUUUUUGUCAAGCAGGAAGGCUCCUAAAGUAGUUGCGCUGCUUGGCUGUGCACCUAGUGCCUAGUUUUAGAUGGAUGCCUUUGAGGGAAUCUGAAGACAGACAUCUCUACGACUCUUCAUUGAGAGACUCGAGGGACAGUCAAAUGGCCUUAAAUUCUUGAAAAGAAAUAGCCGCCACACUGGGGAAAGAAGAGGUGUGGAGGAACAUGAGAGAUCGCUGUUAAAGCAAACAGAAAAUAGGGUGGCGACCUGAGAGGGGAAUCAAAGCGGUACAGAAGAAUUUUGAAUUGAAGGUAAACAACUGCAGUAAUUACAGAGUACACAGUUGCAAUGAUUGGUGGUAUGUUGAUGUUAACUACUGUUGCCAGGCAGCCUACUUUUCUGUGAGGUUUUCCGUCAACACUGGUUGGCUUCUUGCUUAUCCACAAAAUAUUUUGCCACCUGGCUUUUCGGAGCAUUUUGCAACAUACAACUCAUUGAGCAUAAACGUCCAUGUAUGCUUGUACCUUGCUUGCCACCUAUGGAGGCUUGUGCCACGGUGUCUCGCGAAAGUAUUUACAAAGCUUGAUGGUUCCACCACAGCUCCUGGUUUGGUCCAUAGUGUCGGCCUAACUCUAUCCACUGUAAAGAAGUACUCUAUCCGUUAACAACAUUGCCUCCCGUUUGAAAUAGCAUGCAGGUUUGUCCUUCGAAGCUCAGCCAUCCUGUAGCAAUGCCGCUUACAGCAAGAAAACUGUGACCAAGUUCUUGCAUUGCAGGUUUGCCACUAGCCAAUCACAGCCCACACUGAAACAAAAUGUGGUGUUUUCAAAAUUCAAGUGGAAUACAGUUGCACUUUGCACUGUGUUUCCACCACAAGUGUCUACAUGAAGGGUAAGGCAAGGUGCUAUGUCCUGAUUUAGACCCUGAUCUUUGGUUAUUUCAUUACUUGCGGUGACCCAGUGCUCUUGAGGAAGAGAAACCUUGACAAAUUAGACCCAAGGAUGCAUUGAUGUGCCAGGCUCAAACAUGAAAAACAUUCUCUCUUGCCACUGAUUUCUCAUGUGGUAUAUCACCUCAUGACAAAUUCUCUUUCGUCUGGCUGAUAAUUGCAUCAGCUUGGUGCUUCUCCAGCCGUUUUACCAGAUUACAGUUGCCUCAUUUUUACUGUCAAAAGAUGAGCAAGUGUUUUGUUUCCGGCCUUGCAGUUUUUACCUUUUUACAUAGGUGACAACCUUUGACGAGGACAUUUUCAGACCUGAGAGCAAAGGAUGUUGGCACAGUUGUUUUCUACGAACACAUCAAGUGUGCUGUCUGUCAGUGGCAUUAUGUUACAGUCAGAAAGCGUGUCGGGUGGUUAGAAAAGAAGCUUUAUAUUGGAAGGUGUGAUCCAUCACCCACAUGGUCUUGAACAUUCGCCGAGAUUGUUCACAGCGGGAUGUUUUCAGCUGAAUGUCUGAAAGCCGUUCAAAGUUUUUGACCUUCAAGUCCACCUGAAGUACUUCAAAAGAAACCCAGCCCUUUAUACACAGACUCCAAACCUUUUUCUUUGGUGCUGCCUGCUCUGUCUAGACCUUCCCAGACCUUGGCUCUUACUCUGGUGUACCUGUGUGUUACAGUAUUUUAAAAAUAAAAGAAAAAAAUCUUCCGCAUGUGUUGCCUUAUAGCUGCUCCGUUCAACCCCAGCUGCACUCCAGGCGACGUUUACCUCGUCUUACUCCGCUCUUACAUGCUAUAAAAGGAAAAAAAAAAUAGAAAAGAAACCGUCUGACUUGCCAUGGCUUUGGUGGUAGAGAUAAAGUUUUAUGAUCUCGCAAACAGUAAUAACCUUGAAAGGCUUCUGAUGUCUCAAAUGCAGUGUUCUCCAUGUCUUCGUUAACGCAGACGAGGAAGAUGUCGCCUCCUCUCCUGUCAUGUACUGGAUGGUUCUAGUUGUUGUCAAUACUGUUUCAAUACUCUCAUAGGUUACAUGUGGAAGGAUUUAUUCCAAAAUGACACAUCCAUUAUAUGAAGAAAACAAUAAGCGAGUUACUCUUACGAAGUGGUCUCAAGCUAAAAUUCAAAUCAAGGUACUUUUUCAAAGGACAGUACUUAACUUAAAUCCUUAUUUGACAAAGUGAAAAACUAUAUUUUCCAGAAACAGACGAACUAAAGGAUUAUUUUCUUCUCCAAAUGGAUAUAUCGUGAUUUGGAAUAGAUUUUUUCAUCAACUAUAUCUUUGAUAUCUUUAAGUGGUGGAUAGAAGUGACUCUUGCAGUUGGUAGAUGUGUAAGGUAUUAGGCUGCUAGGCGAUGUUUCCAACAGUUGAUAGCAAUGUUUUUUUCUUCUUUUUCCUUUCUCAUAUGGAGUAGCACAACUCAACUUAGUGGCCUAUCUUUCAACCAAAUAGGGCUCUUGAUUUUGUUAUUUCACUUUUUUAAGCCUUUUGUUUCCCUUUUUGGAAUUGUUUUACAUUUAUGUGAUGUAAUUUUAAGUGCUAGAAGUAUUUGGCACUGAUUGGAAAAAAAGGAAGGAUCCUUGUUUAAAUGUAUGGAUAAAGAUGCUUAAUGAAUUGAAAAUUGUGCUUUUUAAGCCGUUUUUUUCCCCUUUGUACUGUACUUUAAUACUUUUUUUUUGAAAUAUGCAUAAUUAAUGUUAAUGUGAUGCUGUUUAUUUGAAUGCCAUUUUUUUUUUUUUUAAUAGUCCAGUAUGGGUUUGAUCGGAAGGCAAACUCCGACUGAUUUAAAUGUGUCAAGACUGCAGUUUUGUCUGGUAUAAUGCUAAUAUGAACUAUUUACAUUGUAUUGAUGGUAAUGACGAGGAGGUGGAGGAUAACGAUGACAUUGUAAUGUAUCUGAACUUCUGAAGCAUGUUUUGCAAACCCUUAUUGUACAGAUUAUGUAUUCAGUGUCAUGUUACCCGUUGCUUUCUGUGUUUCUUGUACAAGGCUUUUAAUUAAAAGCUCUUAAA